ACCUGCACCUACUGGAAAGGAAGAAAGAGAGAAAUAUAGAUAGGAAUCAAGUCAACAGAUAUAUAGAGGGAAAUUACUCUAAGUAUAUUAAAAUAUACACUGAUGCAUCAAAAGUAGACAUUAACAGAGUAGGAGUUGCAUUUAUAAUCCCAGAUUUAAAUGUAGUGUCAAAUAAAAGAGUUAGUAACAACCUUUCAGUAUUCACAGGGGAAAUGUUGGCUAUUCUUUUAGCCCUUGAGUGGACAGAAAGCAGCAAACCAGAUAAAGUUUUAAUAGGAUCAGAUUCUAGCAGUGCGUUAACCAGUUUCAAGAGUAUACAGUCAGAGGCAAGACAGGACAUUAUGCUGGAAAUAGCUCAAACUAUCUUCGGAAUUACUAAAGCAGGAGUAAUAGUGAAAUUCAUCUGGAUUCCAGCACAUAUAGGGGUAGAGGGAAAUGAACUGGCAGACAAAUAUGCAAAAGAUGCAAUUAAGAAAGUAGAAGGAAAUAUGACAGUAAAUUAUAGUAAGGCUGAAGUUAAAAGCAUAAUUAAAGUAGAAAUGAAAAGAAAUGGCAGGAAAUUUGAAUUUGAAACGAAAGGUAGACGUUACUAUAGUAUCCAAAAGGAAGUAGGAGAAAUGAGGGGAACCAGUAGAGCAAAAAAAAGAAGACAUUAUCUCGAGGAUGAGGUUUGGGCAUACUGGUCUUAAUAGUACACUGAAGAUAAUUGAUAAACAUGGGACUGGUCUGUGUGAGUAUUGUAACAUACAGGAAACUGUAGAACGUGUAAUUAUCAAUUGUCCUAGGCACAGCAGGAAAGGCAGAUGCUAAAAAACAAACUGGGAAGAGAUCGCAUCAAGUUCGGGUUAAAGGAGUUACUCCAAUUGAACUCAGGGCAUGUGGGGUACAGGGCAAUAUUUAGUUUUUUUGGAAAAGACAGGACUUAGAAGAAGACUAUAGGGUAGGCUUAAGAUCAUUCUGAUCCACACUCCAUUUCAGAAGGUGUCGGUAAUGCACCAAAAGCUAACCGCCAUAAAACACCAGAAGAAGAAGAAGAAGAAGAAGAAGAAGAAGAAGAAGACAUGCGCAGUGAUACCCACGGUCUCUUCAGACACCCAAAGUAUGUAUCCUGUAAGCGGAUUGCAGUGUUUCUCAGCAUGGAUGAUGAAGUGCGCACUGAGGAAAUCAUCAAAGAUGUGUUUAAAUGGGGUAAAAGCUGCUUCAUUCCCAGAUAUGAGAGCAGCAGCAGCCAUAUGGACAUGUUGAAGCUCGACAGUCUGCAGGACAUGGAGACGCUGCCUCUGACAUCCUGGAACAUCCGACAGCCUGCUGAAGAUGACAACAGCAGAGAGGAAGCGCUGGCUACAGGAGGUCUGGACCUCAUCCUGAUGCCAGGCCUGGGUUUUGACCGGUUGGGGAAGCGUCUGGGACGAGGGAAGGGCUUCUAUGACACCUACUUGGAGCACUGCAUCAGACAACCCAAAGGAAAGCCCUACACCAUUGCCUUGGCCUUCAAAGAGCAGCUGUGUCAAGAAAUCCCUGUCGACGACAAUGAUGUUUUCAUAGAUGAAGUCCUGUAUGAGGAUAAUGAGUAGCUAAUGAAUCACCAGUGGUGGUCCAUGAACUCAAAACUGGAUAUAUUUACAUGCCAAAGUCAGCCAAUGGUUUAACCUGGCCUUUCUAUUUAAUACUAAUAGACUCUUUCACUGCAGACAUUUUGACUUGUUAUAGCAGAAAUAGCCCAGGUGGAACCAAUAAGACUAAUGAUGGUCCAUUGGAAUGGCCUAUUGGAAUAUAGCAGUUAUUCGGGGCUGGGCAGCUAGGCUGUAAAUUUCUGAAUUGUAUCUGAAAAACAGAAUUUUUGACAGUAUUUUGAAUACUAUCCUCAUGUAAACCAUUGCAGUCAAUGGAAGUCUUUAAACAUCAGUUUGUCAUUUAUGGAACAGUCAAUCUUUGCUUAUGUUAAGCUGUUAUCACAACCCUGGUCUUAGUGUGAAGCCACCUGUUAUUUUUGUUUCUGCGGGUAGCUCAACGUGAUCACGACGUGCCAAUGGUGACAAAGGUUGUGAGUGCAAGACCCGGGUGAUGCACAAUGAACAAUUUAUAUCAGUAGUCAUCAACCCUGCUCCUGCCAUGCAUGUUUUAGGUAUCAUCCACCUCUAACGCAUCUGAUUCUAAUUAUUAACUCGUUAUCCAGCCCAUGACAAGCUUCAGCUGCUUCCUUUCACAUUUUUUGCUCAAAUUACAUCAAACUAACAGAUGGUUUCUCGCUUGGCAGAUAGUUCAGCAAGAUCAUGACUUGACCUUGGUGUCUAAGAUUGUGAGUUUGAGUCCUGGGUGAUGCAGAAUAAACAUGCUAAUGUCUAGUCAGCCAUUGUGCUGUAUGAAUUAGAGAAGCAUGACUUCAAGGUUUAAUAACUUCAACAUGGGAUGUUAUGCUGAUGGCCUGCCUUUGUCUUUUUCUCCUUACUUCUCCUUCCCUGGCCCCGACUUGUAGCUAUAAUUAAUGUUAUUAUUUCCACCUGGGGUUUUCCUGCUAUGGCUUGAUGAUCUGUUAUGGCAUUAUAUAGGUUAAGCUACUAAUUCAAUGUCUGUAUUGAUAUUUGCGUUGAAGGUGCUGAAACCUGAUAUUUUGUGCCAGUGUUCUGCUCUUUGUCAUGCUGAUGUUGCCAUAAAAAGCUAUUAAAAGGCAGGUUUUGCGAACCACAAAAUACUUUUAAAAUGAAGACUUCAUUGACAACAAACAAUGGACAAUUAAAUGAAAAUAAGUGCAAAUAAAGUUGUAUUGGGAAAAGUA